GUAAAAAUCAACUUGCCACCACCACAACAAAAUGUGCCGGGUUAGAUAAAAUGAUGGAUGGUUAUUAUCUGAAGGCAUUGGAAGGAUUUAUAAUGGUUCUAACUGAAGAAGGAGAUAUGGCAUUUCUUUCAGAAAAUGUUGCGAAAUAUUUGGGCCUUACACAGGUUGACUUGGCUGGCCACAGUAUCUAUGAUUACACCCAUCCAUGUGAUCAUGAAGAAAUCCGAGAACAGCUGUCAGAUAAACCAGGACUACCUCUAUCCUCUAAGAAGAAGAAAGACAAUCUCUCUUUCCUCAUUCGCAUGAAAUGUACACUAACAGCAAAAGGGAGAAACGUUAAUUUGAAGUCGGCUACAUACAAGGUAAUACAGUGUUGUGGUCAUAUGAAGACGACAGAAGCCAUACAGGAUGUCAGUUUAAUGGGAUAUAAAACUCCAGCCACAACGUGCCUUGUGGUGGUGGGUGAACCAAUACCCCACCCAGCUAAUAUAGAAAUACCAUUGGACAGUCAGACUUUCUUAUCAAGGCAUUCAAUGGACAUGAAAUUUACUUUUGUGGAUGACAGAAUUCAUGAAAUAACUGGAUAUCAAGUUAGUGACUUGAUUGGUAAAUCUGCAUAUGAUUUCUGUCAUGCCCUAGACACCGACAAAAUAGAGAAAAGUUACCACGACUUGUAUGCCAAGGGACAGACAUCCACAGGACAAUAUAGAUUCCUGGCCAAGAAGGGCGGAUAUGUAUGGGUACAGACACAAGCCACAGUAAUAUAUAACAAUAGAACAUCCAAACCACAGUGUAUAGUUAGUGUGAAUUACGUGCUAAGCAGUGGCGUUGAAAAAGAAGAUUUAGUUUUGUCCACUGAACAGCAGAUGAAAGGGUUGCCCAAGUCCAAGCCUUCAAUAUCUGACAUGAAAUUGAGUACAGAGAAGAUAUUCUCUCCACAUACCACUGACAAGAAAGCUAAUUUCUGGAGCUGUUCGGGUGAUAACAAACUAAAUAUGUGGACCGCUGAUGCGGAGGACCUGCUGUGUGUUGCGCCUGCUGCCGGUGACACCAUGAUUCCAUUACCGUUCCCUGAUGAUUUAUCUCAAAUGAAAAAUGGGGUACCAAGUGCCAUGGAUAUGAAUAUUUACGACGAUGUUUUAUUUCCGCCAGAUCAUUCAACGCCAAAUUUCACUGGGUUUGAUCCAUUUACAUGUACCCCUGUCACAAUAGGGUGCUUCAAUAGUGAUAAGAAGCAGGAACAGCAGUCUCAACUACAGAAAGAACCUGCAAAACAAACAACAGUGGCGGCGGCGCCAACCACAACAACAGAUGAAGCCACAAACAAAUGUGUUUUCAGUCAGUAUCGUGGUAGUGCAUCAUUGGCGUCUCCACUCAGUAUAAGUCCAGAUUUGACUCCAAAGCCAAGCCCGAGUCCUGGAAGUCCAGUUGAUUACAAGAACACAGACCAACCAGUUGACUCUGAAAUGGUUGAUAAAGUUUCGUUGUUAUUGUCUGAACCACAAAAUGAGCUAGAUAUAUCCACAGAAGAACUCGUAAUGCGAGCUCCAUAUAUUCCAAUGGUUGGUGAAGAUUUCUGUUUGUACAAUGGUAAAAUAAUGAACGACCCUGUAUUAAGCAGUGCAGCGUUACCGUCGCCACCCCAUCUACCGUCAUUUACAGGGUCAUCGUCCCAGAGAGUUAUUUAUAGCCCGGUUGGAAGAGGAACACCAAGUCCAUCAAUGCCAAUUGGAAGUACAGAGUCUGUUUUCAGUCCUUUAAAAACAGCGUAUACAGCUGGGCAGUCGAAUAGUCAGACGAGGCUCUCUCGACCCACACUUGCACCAAGUUUGUUAACUACUAUACGAAAAAGGAAACUGACCCCACCCUCAACUAUUUCCCAACCACCUAUGAAAGCAACUUGCAGUGGUGGUCAGAGCUCCUUGGCAGACCAGAUUCUCUUUGGUAUGAGCUCAGUUAAACAGGAACCAAAAUCUCUUGCUCAGAAAGCUUUAGCAGGAUGUCUAAAGCUGCCGGAAGUGAAUCAUCAACGCAAGACUUCAUUACUGAAUCUGUUGUUGAAUGCUUCCAAUGGGAGUGACAAUGACAGCGGUGAGAGUAAUACCACUACUGCAGACACAAUAACAUCCAAUGGAAGAAAGUUGAUAGAAGCAAAUUGCACCACAAGUGGUAGUCGUAUGAAAAUAGCACCGCUACUAGACGUGACUCGCUACGAUGCCGAAGUGAAUGCCCCCUUGAAAUCGACUCAAGGUUUAUUACAAGGUGAAGACUUGCUACGGGCUCUCGACCAAACUGCUAAUAGGGCACCUUCCCCACACAGUGUGUGGUGACUGAAUAAAACACGCCAUCAUCAUGCAAACCCAAUUCAUGAGAUUAACAUAAUAACUUUAGACUUAGGCUGUUUGUUGAAUUCACCUAUAUCAAGAAUCGGUGUGGGAGAAAGAAAGAGAAACACUCAAACACAGACAGAUUGGGAUCAAUCAAAUGUGAGCUUGUAUAUAAUUAAAUUAUUUUUGUAUUUGGCAAAGUGUUCUAUUUUUGAGAAGAAUGCUGCCUAAAGUUGUGUUAAUCACUGCGGAAAAUGAACAGAGUACAUGAAAUCUAUCACAAGUGCCCUUGCUUGCUGACAAAGCAUUUCUGAAACACACCUCAUUUUACCUUCACUAUGUUUUGCAUCAUAUGACACAUACCUUGCCCCCUACCUAAACUGUUUUAAUGUGUUUUUUUUUUUUUUUAAGUGAUCGUAUUAAACGUUUGUGAUCACGUUUUGGAUACAUAUAUAAAAAACACACACAGGGUACUCACUACAUACUUUUGUUAACCUUUAAUAGUAAUCUACUAUCCAGUAAGAAGACAAUAUAUUAUUCUAAAUACUUGUAUAAAUUUUAAAAAUUAUUGUAUUUUGUUGGAUUGCUUGUAGUAUUUUUAAGAAAAUACAAAUAAGUUGUAGUGUUGUGCACCUUUUGUUUUUUUGCUGUGUUGUGUUAAUUCACAGCCACGACCCUCUUACUGGAAGUUGAUCAACAUGGUUAGGCACAGUGAGCACCAUGUGUGGAAUUUCCAGACAGCCUGUUUUGCUUCUGUGUCCGGACAGUGUGCCGAGUAUAUUUUGAGAUCGUAAAUUUGUAAUAUUGACCGCUUGUUUUUGACUUAAAACUGUAAGAGCAAAAAUUAAUACCAAGAAAUUGUAAAUAUGAGACAACGCAAGGGUGAAAGGGUGUAAACUGUCUACAGUGCAUUUAGCUGAACACAUUGUCAAACUGUUGUCUGUGUUCAUUUAAGAAUAGCGUAUGAAUGUGAAAGAUUUCCUGUUCAGUUGAAAUUAAACACUUUGGUCUAUGCCAAGUUCAUAUAAAGUUAAGUCACC